AUCAGCUCAAGGUAUUAGAUGCUUCCAUUUUCAGGAGGAAGAAGGCCAGCUUUAAGAAAGGCUUCUGCAACAACUACAAAUUGAGGACUUCACUGAACUAAAGGAAGAUCAAAGGAAGAAAGGAACUCUUUUUCUUGUUUUUGUUCUUGUUUUUUUUCUUUGUUCAAGGUGGUCGGGUGUUCUUCGAGGAGGGUAACUUGGUGGGGGUGGGAUUUUUCGGGUAAGUGAUGCGAUCGGGAGGUUGUGCAGCGAAUCAGACCUUCACACCGGAGGCUGCUUCCGUGCUUAAGCAAUCUCUGAGCUUGGCAAGGAGGAGAGGCCAUGCUCAGCUCACUCCUCUACAUGUGGCUGUUACUUUAUUCAGCUCAAGGAGUAGUAGUCUCUUGAGGCAAGCAUGUUUCAAGUCUCAGCCACUUCAAACAUCACAUCCUCUCCAUUGCAGAGCUCUUGAGCUUUGUUUCAAUGUGGCUCUCAAUAGACUCCCUACUACACCUGGUCCUCUUUUCCAUGGCCAACCUUCACUCUCCAAUGCACUCAUUGCAGCACUCAAAAGAGCUCAGGCAAACCAGAGAAGGGGCUGCCUAGAGCAGCAGCAGCAGCAACAACAACAGCAUCAGUCAGUAUUAGCCAUUAAGGUGGAAUUGGAGCAGCUUAUAAUUUCCAUUUUAGAUGACCCAAGUGUCAGUAGGGUUAUGAGAGAAGCUGGGUUUUCCAGUACUCUUGUCAAGAGUAACUUAGAGGAUUCCUCUGUUUCCUCUGUUUUUCACUGUUAUGGUAGCUCGGGCGGCAUCUUCUCUUCUCCUUCUUCGCCUUCGUGUACUGACCAUCAUUUUAAUCCAGGGGAUUUUUGGCAGACCCAGUUCUUGACUCGCUCUUCUGAGCAAAACCCACUUCCUUUUUCCCCACAAAAGAGAGUUUCCAGCACUAACCUAAUUGCUGAAUCUUCCUCUUCUUUAAAGCUAGAUAUCAAGUGGGUGUUCGAGGCAAUGCUUGGGAGGAAGAGAAAGAACACACUCAUAAUAGGUGAUUCCAUAACAAUAAUUGAAGAUGUGAUUUCAGAGCUUAUGGGGAGAGUAGCAAGAGGAGAGGUUCCAAACGAACUAAAAUCGACCAAAUUUAUUGAGUUUUUGCUAUCUCCAGAUUCCUUGAGCUCCAUGAAAAGAGAAGACGUUGAAAUAAAGGUGGCAGAGCUGAGAAGGAACAUUGACUCCCUUGUAUCAAGAGGGUGGGGAGCCAUAAUAUAUACAGGAGACUUGAAAUGGAUGGUUGAAACAGAUGUUAAAGAAGCUUCAGGUUACAGCCAAAUCGAUCACGUAAUCGAAGAAAUCACGAGGCUAAUAUCAUUCCACAGCAUUUCAUGCACAAAGUUAUGGCUAAUGGGAACAGCAAGUUAUCAGACUUACAUGAGAUGUCAAAUGAGAUGGCCAACUCUUGAGACUCGAUGGGAUCUUCAAGCAGUUCCUGUUCCCUCAGAUGGAGAACUUGGCUUAAGCCUGCACAGUUUCAGUGUUCAUGGCUCGACACCGCCUUUCUCUCAGAACCCAUCGCAAGUUUGGGAAACAAAGCCAUUCAGUAUUGCUCAAGAGGGCCAAGACAAGCACACUUGCUGUGACUGUUCUUCCAAUCAUUAUAAGGAAGCUCAGAAAUUAGAGUCAAGCCAGCAGAAAGAGUUGCUUUCCUGGCUGCAGCCCUUCAGCACCCAACUAUCUCAUCUUAAGAAUCAUCAGGAGAAUUCAACUAUGCACAGCAAUGAAAGUUCCAGUGGAAGCAAGUACCAGAAUACUUGGCCACAUCCAUUUUCGACUAGGAACAGCAUGUUCCAAGAUUCAGAUACAAUCAGCUUCACCGAACCAGCAGUGAAAAUGACGCAAAGUUCAAAUCAGAUGCUUCGGUUUAGGCAGCAACAAUCCUGCAUCACCGAGUUCAAUUUCGACAAUGGAAAUCACAGAUAUCAGGGUGCAUCACCAAGCUUGGAUUCUCUCAAGAACAUGGAAGAAGAUAACAAGGAAGUAAACAUCUCUCUCUCUCUAGGUGAUUCCCUGUUCUUCAAAGAUCCAAUAAAAUUGGCAAUUACGAAGAAGAGUGAAGAAGCCAUGACACAGAGAGAUCAUCUGAGCAAAUCAUUGCAAGAGAAUGUGCCUUGGCAAUCAGAGACCAUUCCUUCCAUAGCUGAAGCAUUGAUUAGUUUCAAAUCAACAAAUGAAGAAUUCUUUUGGAUAUUGAUUGAAGGGGAUGAUCAGAUUGGCAAAAGAAGGUUAGCUCGAGCCAUUGCGGAAUCUUUCUUUGGGACUGUUGAACAACUCUGCAAGAUAAAUGCGAGAGGUGACAGUGAGGCAACUUCAUCUUCUCAAAUCCUCGAAAACGCCAUGAAAUCACAAGAAAAACUGGUAGUCUUAGUUGAAGAGAUUGAUCGGGGAGAUCCUCAAUUCAUGAAGUUCCUAGCAGAUGGAUUCCAUGAUGGAAAAUUCGGAGGAAUAGAUGAAAAAGAUGGAAAUGCUCGGAAAUUCAUAUUCAUUUUGACCAGAGGUGGAGAACAAGAUAAGGAUACAGAUUCCAUAAUUUAUAUGACACUGAAUAUCGCGAGCAAUUCUGGUUUUGGAGCGCUCAGUGUAGACCAGAAGCGAAAAUCUGAAUGGGAAUCCCCAAACAACACAAAGAAGCAAAGAAGAAUCAAAGAAGAGGAAGAAGAUGCAAUCCCUAACACCAUCGAGGCAGCAGUGAAAAUCAACGGGAGCGGUAACCUAUCGAGGCAAUCAAGCUCUACCAACCUCGACCUAAACCUCAAAGCCGAGGAAGACGAAGAACCACAAGAAGAAACAGAGGAAGGCAUACCUCUCCCUGGCGAUCCAGAAUCCGCAGCAAAGAACCUCCAAAUCGAGAAGCAAUUUCUCCACUCGAUUCAAAACCGUUUCGUUUUCAACCAAACUCCAUCAUCAAGAAAAGAACAGAGAGAAUCACUCAAGUCGAAGAUCGUCCGAUCAUUUGAGGGAGUCAUCAGGUCACAGAAACAGGCGAAUUUCAGCGUGGAAGAGAGAGCACUGGAAGCAGUUUCAUCAAGGUCAGAUUCUUUCACCAAAAACGAGUCCAACAAAUGGCUGACAGAGAUUUUCGAAACGAGCUUGCGAGGCGUUGGAUUUGGCGCGCAAGAAGGAACCAAUGUGAAGCUGUGUUUGAGCGGAAAGGAAGACAGCGCCAUUGAAAAUGGGUUUAUGGGCACAUGCUUACCCAAAUUCAUAAAGCUUUCUUUCAUGGACUGAAUCAGCCACUACAGCCUCUUCUUCUUCUUCUUCGUCUUCUUCCUCUGCGCAUGAUCCAUUGAAACCAGAAGGGGAAAAGUCCAAAAUAUCCUUCCUGUAACUUUUUUUUCAGUUUCCAUUUUCUUUUUUUCUAAUAUUUGGAGAUUUAGUCAUAUUAAAUUCCACU